CUUGCGAAACGAGAGAGCGCCCACUCAGACAACUCAUCCGACCUCAGACUUGCAGUCAUGUUAGGCCUUGGAGCGUAUGAAAGCAGCAGCGAGGACGAGACUGCGAAGAAGGCCCCCUCAGCAACAAAGUGCAUAAAUAAGGGGCAGCCAGUUCAAGUAUUGAAAUCAGCAUAUGCGGUGCCUGAUAAAUGCCCAAAUUUUCCAGAGACGGCUACCAGCCGAGAGCCCAGUGGUCCUAUUGUUGGGCCAUCACAUGAAGAAGCAAAGCCAGAACCGCACUUCAGCGAGCGAUCCCGCUUGUCCAACUCCCGUACACUUAUUCAUGACUUAACAUUACCACCGGUUCCGAAUUUAGAUAUUCCUCUAUCACCUCCUGGCUCACCCAAUUCCAAUGUGAAUGCAAAAUUCGCCCAUUUCCUAUCGUUGAAGAAACAAGGAGUUCAUUUCAACGAAAAGUUAGCUUUCUCAGCAUCCUUAAAGAACCCCAGCUUACUCAAAAAAUUGAUGGAGCAUGCGGGUAUUGAUGAUCAGAUGCAAUAUUUUACCUCCUUGCCGCCUGAAGUAUGGAACGUUUCGGGUCUACCGAGAUGGGGUUUCAAAGAAGAACUAUUCAAGUCACAGAAAAAGUUUCACCAGAAAGCCGAAGAGCAGUGGAGUGCAGACCAAAGAGAGACAAUUGAGUUUGUUGCCGCCACAACUGCCGAUUGUGAUGGUGUGAGGUCAACCUCCAGUUCACGAGCGAGACCAUGUUAA